GGAAUUACCCCCGUUUUGCAAAUGAGGCAACUGAGGCUCUUGAACUGACUUCCUGAAAGGUUUGGAUCCAAAGCUCCCUCAGAUCCUGCGCCUGACUUGUGGACACCAUGGCCGCCACCACCACCAGCAUCCACCGGCUUUCCACCUCCGGCUCCGUCAAGGGCCUGUGUGUGCCCAGUGGCGGGGGUUUCUCUCUGUCUUCCAUCCGUGUUGGGGGUGCCUGCCGGCCCCCCAGCCUCCUGGGAGCCAGCAGCUCUGGCAACAUGUCUGUGUCCUCGUCCCACUUCUCCGUGGGCACGGGGGGCAGCUAUGGCAGGGGCUGCUCCUGCAGCCUGGGUGGGGGCUUUGGCUCCAGCUUCGGGGUGGCAGACGCCCUGCUGGGGGGCAGCGAGAAGGAGACCAUGCAGAGCCUCAACGACCGCCUGGCCUCCUACCUGGACAAGGUGCGUGCUCUGGAGGAGGCUAAUGCCGACCUGGAGGUGAAGAUCCACGACUGGUACAAGAAGCAGGGCCCUGGGCCCACCCUCGACUACAGCCACUACGUCAAGACCAUCGAGGACCUGUGGAGUAAGAUCCUGGCGGCCACCAUCGACAGUGCCAUCUUGGUGCUGCAGAUCGAUAAUGCCCGCCUGGCAGCCGAUGACUUCCGCACCAAGUAUGAGAUGGAGCUGAACCUGCACGUGAGCGUGGAGGCCGACAUCAACGGCUUGCACAGGGUGCUGGACGAGCUGACCCUGGGCAGAGCCGACCUGGAGAUGCAGAUUGAGAACCUCAAGGAGGAGCUGGCCUACCUCCGGAAGAACCAUGAGGAGGAAAUGAACGCCCUGUGAGGCCAGGUGGGUGGUGAGAUCAACGUGGAGAUGGACGCCGCCCCCGGUGUAGACCUGGUCCGCAUCCUGAAUGAGAUGCACGACCAGUACGAGAAGAUCACGGAGAAGAACCGCAAGGACGCCGAGGACUGGUUCUUCAGCAAGACGGAGGAGCUGAACCACGAGGUGGCCACCAACACCGAGGCCCUGCCGAGCAGCCGGACGGAGAUCGCGGAGCCGCGCCGCACCGUGCAGAACCUGGAGAUCGAGCUGCAGUCCCAGCUCAGCACGAAAGCGUCGCUGGAGGGCAGCCUGGCAGAGACCGAGGCGCGCUAGGGGGUCCAGCUGGCCCAGCUGCAGGGGCUCAUCAGCAGCAUUGAGCAGCAGCUGUGCUAGCUCUGCUGUGACAUGGGCUAGAACCAGGAGUACAAGACGCUGCUGGACGUGAAGACGUGGCUGGAGCAGGAGAUCGUCACCUACCGCCAGCUGCUGGAGGGCGAGGUUGCCCACCGCGGUGACCAGCCGCCAGGUGCGUACCAUCAUGGAGGAAGUCCAGGACGGCAAGGUGGUCCCCUCCCGCGAGCAGGUCCAUCGCUCCCCGCACUGAGGCCCCGUCUACCUGCGACAGCCCAGCCUCCAGGGUCAAGGGGCAGCCAUUGCCUGCAGCUCCCAGCACGCUACUGCUGCGCCCCGACCCUUUCUCUCCGUGUCUGUCUGCCACCCGCUGCCGCCACCAUGACCACCACCAACCGCCAGUUCUUCUCCUCCAGCUCCAUCAAGGGCUCCUCUGGCCUGGGGGGCGGCUUGUCCCUCACCUCCCGCCAGCAGUCUGGCAGCCUGGGUGCCGGCUCCUGCAGGCUGGGGUCUGCCGGCAGCCUGGGCAAUGCCCUUGGGGACGGCAGCUACUCCAGCUGCUACAGCUUCGGCUCUGGCGGCGGCUAUGGCAGUGGCGGCUACGGCAGCGGCGGCUAUGGCAGCGGUAGCUUUGGCACUGGUGGCUACGGCAGUGGCUUGGGAGGUGGUGAUGGGCUCCUGGUGGGCAGUGAGAAGGCCACCAUGCAGAACCUCAACGACCGCCUGGCCUCCUACCUGGACAAGGUGCAUGCCUUGGAGGAGGCCAACACGGAGCUGGAGGUGAAGAUCCACAACUGGUACCAGAAGCAGACCCCAGGGCCGGCUACCGACUACAGCCACUACUUCAAGACCAUCGAGGACCUGAGGAACCAGAUCCUCAAGGCCACCACAGACAAUGCCAACAUCCUGCUGCAGAUCGACAAUGCCCGUCUGGCUGCUGAUGACUUCUACACCAAGUUCGAGACGGAGCACGCCCUGUGCAUGAGCGUGGAGGCCGACACCAAUGGCCUGCGCAGGGUGCUGGACGAGCUGACCCUGGCCAGAGCCGACCUGGAGAUGCAGAUCGAGAACUACAAGGAGGAGCUGGCCUACCUCCGGAAGAACCAUGAGGAGGAGAUGAACGCCCUGCGAGGCCAGGUGGGUGGUGAGAUCAGUGUGGAGAUGGACGCCGCCCCUGGCGUGGACCUGAGCCGCAUCCUGAAUGAGAUGCGCGAGCAGUACGAGAAGAUGGCGGAGAAGAACCGCAAGGACGCCGAGGACUGGUUCCUCAGCAAGACAGAAGAGCUGAACCGCGAGGUGACCACAAACUGCGAGCUGGCGCAGAGCAGCAAGUGCGAGGUCUCAGAGCUCCGGCGCACCAUGCAGGCCCUGGAGAUCGAGCUGCAGUCCCAGCUCAGCAUGAAAGCAUCCCUGGAGAACAGCCUGGCGGAGACAGAGAACCGCUACUGCAUGCAGCUGGGCCAGAUCCAGGGGCUGAUCUGCAACGUGGAGGAGCAGCUGGCCCAGCUGCGCUGCGAGACGGAACAACAGAACCAGGAGUACAAGAUCCUGCUGGACGUGAAGACGCGGCUGGAGCAGGAGAUCGCCACCUACCGCCGCCUGCUGGAGGGCGAGGACAGCCAGCUGAUUCACCACAAGCUCAGAGAAUCUGCGACCACCCGCCAGGUGCGCACCAUUGUGGAAGAAGUCAAGGAUGGCAGAGUCAUCUCCUCCCACGAGCAGGUCCACCAGACCACCCACUGAG